GAAGUCCGGGUAUCAAAGACACUAUCGUACCUCCUCCGCCAUGGCGCACAGGGCGAAGGACUGCCGAUGCGGAAGGAUGGGUAUGUAAAGGUCGCGGAUCUGCUGCAAAACCCGAAAUUGAAAACUCAAGGCUUGGAUUUAGACAAGAUACGUGAUAUUGUGGGGAAGGAUUCAAAGCAGCGAUAUGAUCUGAUAUCGGAUUCAACGGAUCCCAACGUAUGGUGGAUACGAGCUCGUCAAGGACAUUCUCUCAAGACAGUCGAGUUAGACCUCAAACCAAUCUUAUCAGCCACUGAUAUAUCUACGGGUGUAGCCGUACACGGGACGACGUUGGCCGCUUGGGAAUCUAUCUCCAAACAAGGUCUCUCAAAAAUGAAACGAAACCACAUCCACCUCGCACAAGGUUUGCCAGGGCAUAACGGCGUAAUAAGCGGAAUGAGAUCCUCCUCCCAAAUAUUCAUCUACAUAAACAUCCAAGCCGCCCUCUCCUCCGGCAUCCAAUUCUUCUUCUCCGAUAACGGCGUCGUACUCACAGCAGGCGACGAUAAAGGCUUCCUGAAACCCGAGUUUUUCUUAAGAGUGGAAAAUGCGAAG